AUGGCCAAUCGUAUGAACCGAGCUUCGCGACUCCCUCGAUUUCUCAUGAGCAAUGCAGUCAGCGAGCGCGAUGGGCCCGAUUGGAUGGAUGGCAUUGCGACCCUCGACUUCGACUCCUUCCCGCCUUUCCAGCAUGUAAUCCCCGAACCGCUGCUGGCGGCAACUAAUCUGCCUCCAUAUUACCGCUUGCUGUGCGAUGAGCAGGUAACUGCGCUUUUGUCUUGGGCUUCAAAGGGAAAUAUCUCCAAAGAAUUGUUGGGAUUGUACUGGCCGGGGGAUUUCAACGGUGAUGGCAAAGUGAAGCGCAACCGCCGUCCCUGGAGAUACGGGGACAACAAGAGCCUUGCCGCGAGGCCAGUUUACUGGACUUUUCAAAGUUCCGGAAGACCAAUGCAAGGAAUGAAGCUGCUGUCGCCCACCGAGCACGAGGAAAACGAGGAUAAAAAAAGAAAGGCAGAAGGCCCCGAUGGCAAGAGACCUUCCAAGCUAGUCCUGCUCCGCGAUGAGCGGGAUAGCGAAAAGAUAGUUGAACUCCAGUACGAAGUCGACCAGCUGCAGGCUGCCCUGAAACGCUCCCAGGCAAAACAGCAAGGGCUACUUUCGCAGAUGGACCAAAUCGAAACUGCAAUGUCGGUGCGCUCGGAACUCGUCACAAACGCGAUAGUCAACUAUCACUUGUCCAUGGUCAACCUUCAGAUCCUCUCUCCUGCGAUCUCUUCUCUCGUGGAUGAAACCGUCUCUGCGGAUGAUAUCGCCGAGGCGGCUGGGGGCCAUGCUACCCUUGAUCAUCGAGUUCGAGUGGUGAAGGAAGUGGCAAAGCGGCUUAAGAUACCGGUAAACAUUCUCCCUGGUGAUAUGGACGGGGAAGAAGUAGAUAAUGCUCAUCUUAACGCCCUCUAUCGCACCUAAAUGAUAGGAGAGCUUUGCAGGGAGGAUCCAUUAGCUUGUGAAUCUUAGAUAGGAUUGUUGAUGUGCUGAAAUACAUAGGGCGGUUGUGCCUGCUUAACGCAAAGGAGUGAGAGGGGGCUGUUUGGUACGUCCUUAGGGUUGCUUCGGAAUUUUAAGGAUGAAUGGGCUUGACAUUAAAGGAUUGGUGUCCUGGUUUCUUUGGGCUGCUGGAAGGAGAGAUAUUGAUGGCUGAACUGGCGAGCAUAAACAACCUGGAUCUGUAGCUCUUUUAAGACCAUAAGAUCGAUCCUGAACAAUGUCUAGAAAAUUUGAGCAGCAUAAGCUCAC